AUGAUAUCGGGGAAAUCAAACAGGACUGAAUUGCUGUGUUUUAGGGCAACCGACACAUACAUACCGAAAUCUUCCAUUCAUUCAGAAUCACCAGUAUGCCCCCAGGCCCAAAGGGACGAUCCUAGAGGGUCAUCUACUCUAUCACCUAUCGAGGAUCACUCUGAUAAGGAGAGCUUACAAAGUAAGGAGUCUUUGACUCACCACGAAGCAGAGUCAUCAUGCAAUACUACUGGUAAUGAUCAAAACUCGGAAUUAUUAUGUGAUACGAAAACUAUUACCAUUGGUAACGAUCAGAAGACAAUAGUUUCGUGUGUAUUAAAAAACUCUUAUAACUUUGAAAGAGCUGGUUACACUGAUGACGUAGAUUCUUCUGACUCUGAAUCGUAUAGCUCUGAGAGUAAUUCUUUCGAUUCUGAAUCUGAUUCAGAAGAUAAACCAAAUCUUCCUAUAAUCAGAGCAUUACAAACUCCUGAUUAUAUUACUAUGUGA